UGAAGAGGAACCUGAAGAGGAACCUGAAGGAUGUAGAUGCUUUAAGAUCAACAGGAUCGUCUCCGCGUGCGCGAGAUAAAGAAGGAGCUGAAAUGUGAGUCGUGUUCAUCUGUAAUGCAACGCGGAGAUGAAGCCUCGGUGCCACAUCACGCCGAAAACACGACCAUAGAGCGUUUCGACCACGUUUAUUUAUUCUAUUCCAAUUCAUCUUAAGUCAACAAUUCGGCGAAUAAACAUGAAAUUUCCGGCGGAAAAUCAGAGGAAACCGAGCAGCAGCUGGAGUCCUCCUCCAGUGGCAGUCCAGACAAACCUUGUUCCCCCGAAAAAAGUCCAGCCCGGGAUGCUGCAGUCCAGUCUGGUCCAGGCCAGUGUGGCCACAAUGCAGAACCCAAUGGGAUGUUCACUUCCACGUCUUUCUGUUUCACGGCCUUCAAGCAUGGUAGCCAGCAUGGAGGCGCAGGCAGACGGCUCAGCACUACUGUCCGUGAUGAAGUGGAAGACGGUGCUGGCUGUGUUCGUGGUGGUGGUAAUUUACUUAGUGGCAGGUGGCUUGGCAUUUCGAGCCCUCGAGCAGCCAUUUGAAAGAAACCAGAAGGAUACGAUCACAGCUGAGAAAGCAGCGUUCCUGCAAAAACAUCCCUGUGUCACACCAGAGGAACUAGAGCUCCUCAUUAAGCACUCCAUCGAUGCAUUCAGUGCUGGAGUGAGUCCCAUAGGAGACACCACGUACAACUUCAGCUACUGGGACCUUAGUAGCGCUUUCUUCUUCGCUGGUACUGUGAUUACGACUAUAGGAUACGGGAACAUCGCUCCCAGCACAGAGGGAGGGAAAACUUUCUGCAUUUUGUACGCCAUUUUUGGUAUCCCACUCUUUGGCUUCCUGCUGGCUGGAGUCGGAGAUCAGCUCGGAACCAUCUUUGUAAAGACCAUCGCCAAAGUGGAGAAGAUGUUCAGGAACAAAAAUAAUCAAAUCAGCCAGACGAAAAUCCGGGUGGCCUCAACAUUACUCUUCAUCCUUGCUGGCUGCAUCGUCUUUGUCACAAUUCCUGCAGUUAUUUUCAAAGAAAUUGAAGAAUGGACGGCACUCGAUGCAAUUUAUUUUGUUGUUAUUACACUAACGACUGUUGGCAUCGGGGACUAUGUCGCAGGAGGAAACAGAGCAAAAGAAUAUUAUAACUGGUACAAGCCAUUGGUUUGGUUCUGGAUCCUGGUUGGUCUGGCAUACUUUGCUGCUGUACUGAGUAUGAUUGGAGACUGGCUCCGAGUCCUGUCCAAAAAGACCAAAGAGGAGGUUGGUGAGAUCAAAGCUCAUGCUGCUGAAUGGAAAGCAAACGUUCGGGCCGAAUUCAGAGAAACUAGACGUCGACUUAGUGUGGAGGUUCACGAUAAACUGCAACGUGCUGCUACGAUUCGUAACAUGGAGCGUCGACAACUUGGACUGGACCAACGUGCUCAGUCACUCGACAUCUUAUCUCAUCCUAACGAGCGACGAGCCGCAAACUUCAACAUCUUAGAUGCGGCAACCAACUUCAAGACGUCCUCGCAAGAGAGCAUCAAUGGCAAACUGAACGACAACAUCUUUAACCGAUUCGGCUCCGUCAGCAAACUGGCCAAACGAGCCAAGAACAAGGAGCUGAAGAAGAACAUCCCAGGAGAUGGACGCAAAACUGGCAGUGAGGAGAAGAAAGAGGUGGAGGAGGAAGAGCUGGAGAAGGAGGUCAACACCAGUCUGUCGGAGCUGCCAUUGUUUGUCGAGAGCCCAAAAUCACAGAACGGGUUUGUGAUGGUGCCCACAAAGACCAAAGAAGAAGAAGAGGGAGAAAAAAAGGAAGAGAUGGAAAAAAAACUUGAAGAAUUUCAUGUCGAAAUGGACGUUUAGAUGGAAGAAAUCAUCUUUGAAAAUUAAAGUGCCUUGUUUCUCAUUUAUGCUGGUGGGAAAAUGCUAACAUCACAUUUUAAUGUUGUUGAAACUUUUCACUGUGUCCUGAUAACUUGAUUUAAAAAAAAAAUUCAGACCAAUAAAUUUAAACCUGUGUUUAAAAAAGGAUCCUAACAAAGUUUCAACAACUGUAGCGAUACAAAGAGACGUUUACUGGAAGACUGAAUGCUGAUACUGAGCUCCUAACACAAAGGACUUGAAGAUUUAUAACUAAUAAAAAUUAAAAAUACAGAUGCAGAUAAAAUAAGAAAAAUAUUUAACUCAUCAGAAAAGAAUCCAUGAUAUACAUUAGGCAUGUGCCAAUAUACAAUCUGAAAUUGUGUAAUUCUUUAACCUUUUAUGACGGUUACUCGUGUUUUCAUGGUGUUAAACACUGGAUAUCUUACAUUUUGGCAUCUUCUUUACCAGUCACAUUGUUGAAGGUCCUGGUCUCAGAACCUCAUCUGUGUCACAUCAUGUGUCAGUGUCCUGCUGCUCACUCAUGAUUUUAUUGGACACAGAUUUAGAAAUCGCAGCCGCUCUGUUAAUAAACUGGUCUUCAGUAAUGUAGUUAGCUGGUUAGCGCACAGCACGCUACUACAGAAAGAUCAUAGGACAGCAACAAGUGGUGAGGUGAUUUGAUAUUAAAGAGUCAUUUUGAAUGAACUUUUAGCCACGUACAAAAACAAAUAAACACGACUUUACACAUUUCAAACAUUUGUCUGCUCGGUCCACUACAUUCACUGAAAUAAUUUCAGAUUAACAGAUUUUAGAGCUAGAUUGUCAGCUCAUAUUUCCAACAGAAAAGUUGAUUUAAGAUUGAAACACAAGCCAAAAUAUUACUAAUGUGAAGCGGAGGAAGGGGUGGAGCUUUCAUGGGAUCACAACAUAUCCAGAAUGUCAAUCAUUCCAGGUUCUCAUGUUCAUGUGCUGUUUUUUUCUUUUAUUAUUCUAAAGGAAGGCUGUUCUGCUGUAGCUCUGAAUGAAUAAUUGUAAUGGUGUGUGAAGGUCCAGAGAAUGUGAACAUGUCGGAUGUUCUGGACUUUAUAUAUCUCACUAAAGCUGAACUAGAGAAUAUACAGGAUCAAUAACUUAAUAUAAAAGAACUGAUAAUCAGCACAUGCCUAAUGUAUAAACACUGAAAGGUACUGAUUGACCAGAAGAAUGAAUUUCUGAAGUUUUUAACCAAUUGACAUAUUUGCAUGACAUUUAAUUUCUAUAAAACACACAAACUGUCCAUUUUCAUAACCAAUGAGAUCUCAGGGCUUGGAGUCCAUCCUACAUGACGAUACACACAGUCAGGAACAGAGUCUGAGCUUGAGAACUGAUCUCAAUUCUGUUUGCUUCUUUUACACCACAGCACUGCUGAGUUCUAGACUCUGAUUGGUCAGAAGGUGUUGAUUAAUUCUCUCUAACAGCUCUGACUGUAGUUUAUGUUUGUGCUAUGUUACCGUCUCUAUAGCAACAAAUCAUUCACAGGGACAUGUACAGAACAGACUUCACUAAUAGACUGAAUAAACGUGUGCAGUGACUGACACAGUGACGCAGUAUCCAGUGUGAGGACGGGUGUGUGUGUGCGUGUGUGUGCAUGCGUUUGGGUGUGUGUGUUUUGUGGUGAAGGAGUCUCCAGUGUGAGAAUAAAAAGAGACUGCUGAGUGGACGAGUGUUUAGAUCUGAGAGAAUAAAGAGAGACUGCUGAGGGGACGAGUGUUUAGAGCUGAGAGAAUAAAGAGAGACAGCUGAGGGGACGAGUGUUUAGAGCUGUGAGAAUAAAGAGAGACUGCUGAGGGGACGAGUGUUUAGAGCUGAGAGAAUAAAGAGAGACUGCUGAGGGGACGAGUGUUUAGAGCUGAGAGAAUAAAGAGAGAGUGCUGAGGGGACGAGUGUUUAGAGCUGAGAGAAUAAAGAGAGACUGCUGAGGGGACGAGUGUUUAGAGCUGAGAGAAUAAAGAGAGACAGCUGAGGGGACGAGUGUUUAGAGCUGUGAGAAUAAAGAGAGACUGCUGAAGGGACGAGUGUUUAGAGCUGAGAGAAUAAAGAGAGACUGCUGAGGGGACGAGUGUUUAGAGCUGAGAGAAUAAAGAGAGAGUGCUGAGGGGACGAGUGUUUAGAGCUGAGAGAAUAAAGAGAGACUGCUGAGGGGACGAGUGUUUAGAGCUGAGAGAAUAAAGAGAGAGUGCUGAGGGGACGAGUGUUUAGAGCUGAGAGAAUAAAGAGAGACUGCUGAGGGGACGAGUGUUUAGAGCUGAGAGAAUCUGAUGCUCCACAAUAUUACAUAAUAAAUAUAGUAAAUAAAAAUUUAUUUAAAAAAGGUUUAUCUUUAACAAACAUAAAUGAUGUGGUGUAAGAAGAAAAAAACACUUUGAGGUGAUUAAAGUAAGUCCAGUUUAUCACCACACUUUGAGUGAAUAUCUUUGAAUAACUGAUGAAAAUAAACCUCAGACUUUUGUACCUCACUGUACACUGUAUUAACUCCAACUACACCUCCAUUCAUUGCACAUAUUUUUGACAAAGAAGCGGAAUUGAAGCCAUAGUGUCAGAUAAUGUACCAGAUCAGGUCUGAUGAUGAAGAUCAUGAUGAUGAUAAUGAUGAUGCACUUUUUAGUUGGUAAACGAAUGGCCAAAAAUGAAAUGUUCCCAGUGUCCUCUUUACUCCGACAUACUCCCAGUGUUCACCUGCUGGUUAUAUACUUCUAUUACAUGCUAGCUACAUUAGCACUGUAAAUCUCCACGUCUGAACAUUAACUCCCUGUUCUGUUUCUUAACACAUCCUCAUCACACUUCACACUUUUCUGGGCUGGAAAUCUCUCUGUGUUUAUAUUUAUUUCACUAAACAGUGAUGCUGCCAUACAACAUGCCUUCUGUGUGUAAAAAUACACUAUAUUUGUGUGUGUGUGUGUGUGUGUGUGUGCGCGUCUGUAUCUGUAUGUGUGUGUGUGUGCAAGUGUGCAGAAUAUCAUGAUGUAUCGGGAAACCGAUUAUUGGCACAUGACUUUGCAAUACCUCACAAUCUCAAUCCUUCACAAAUGUGCUUGUUGCUGCGCUUUACACCUGACAUGCUCUCCUGCUCUUCCUCUCUUCUUCUUCUUCUUCUUCUUCUUCUUCUUCUUCUCAGUAGUCUAGUGUGAAUGCAGCAAAAACGACUCAAUGUUUGUCAUGAUGGUGAUGGUGAUGAUGAUGAUGCUAUGAAGAUUUUAAAAAUGUUCAAACAUUUUAAAACAAAGAAAAAAAAAUAUUUAAAGACAUGGAAACUAAAAGCAUGCCUUUUGUGCUAUGUUAUGGUAUUGAGUGUGUUCUGCUACAUGCUAAACAGGUUAAAUCAUGUUAAACGCUGA